UCAACUCCGCUUGCUCCCUCUGUGUUCACAGAAGAGGGCAAUGACCGCGUGGCUCCUGCCAGCGGGUGGGCUUCCCGGCGCCGGCUUCUGCGUCCCUGCGUGGCAGUCCUGGUCCAGCCUUUCGCGGGUCCUGUGCUGGCCAGGGCCUCGGCUGCACGGACUCCUGCUGCUGCUGCUGCUCCCGCCGCCUGCUGUCCUCUCGUCCGUGUUCAAAGUGGGGGUCCUGGGCCCCUGGGCUUGCGACCCCAUCUUCGCCCGGGCCCGCCCAGAUCUGGCUGCGCGUCUGGCCGCUAACCGCCUGAACCGACACCUUGCCCUAGACGGCAACGGCGGCCCCCGGUUCGAGGUUGCGCUGCUCCCAGAGCCUUGCCUGACCCCAGGCUCUCUAGGGGCUGUGUCCUCUGCGCUGGCUCGAGUCUCUGGCCUGGUGGGUCCGGUGAACCCCGCAGCCUGCCGGCCAGCCGAACUGCUAGCCCAGGAGGCUGGAGUAGCUCUGGUGCCCUGGGGCUGCCCAGGCACGCGGGCGGCGGGUACUACAGCCCCGGCGGUGACCCCCGCUGCAGAUGCCCUCUACGUCCUCCUUAGAGCAUUCCGCUGGGCCCGCGUGGCCCUGAUCACGGCGCCCCAGGACCUGUGGGUGGAGGCGGGACGUGCUCUGUCCACAGCACUCAGGGCGCGGGGCUUGCCAGUUGCCCUAGUGACCUCCAUGCAGCCCUCAGACCUGUCUGGAGCUCGGAAGGCCCUCAGGAGGAUCCGGGACGGGCCUAGAGUUAGAGUGGUGAUCAUGGUGAUGCACUCGGUGCUGCUGGGCGGCGAGGAGCAGCGCUACCUACUGGAAGCUGCAGAAGAGCUGGGCCUAGCUGAUGGCUCUCUGGUCUUCCUGCCCUUCGACACGCUCCACUACGCGUUGUCUCCAGGCCGGGAGGCUCUGGCUGCUCUGGUCAACAGCUCCCAGCUUCGCAGAGCUCACGAUGCGGUGCUCACACUCACGCGCCACUGUCCUCCGGGAGGCAGCGUGCAGGACAGCCUGCGCAGGGCCCAAGAGCACCAGGAGCUGCCCGCUGACCUCAACCUGCAGCAGGUCUCUCCACUGUUUGGAACCAUCUAUGAUGCUAUCUUCCUGUUGGCUGGGGGAGUGACAAGAGCCAGAGAAGCUGUGGGUGGUGGCUGGGUGUCGGGUGCAUCUGUGGCCCGCCAAGUUCAGGAAGCCCAAGUCUCUGGCUUUUGCGGGGUCCUGGGAAGAACCGAGGAGCCCUCCUUUGUGCUGCUGGAUACAGAUGCGUCAGGAGAUCGGCUCUUCACCACACAUCUGUUGGAUCCUAUCCGAGGCUCUAUACGCCCUGCUGGGCCCCCUGUGCACUUCCCUCGAGGUGGACCUGCGCCUGGGCCAGAUCCUUCCUGCUGGUUUGAUCCAGAUGUGAUCUGCAAUGGAGGAGUGGAGCCAGGCCUGGUCUUCAUUGGCUUCCUCCUGGUGAUCGGGGUGGGACUGACCGGAGCCUUCCUGGCUCAUUACCUGAGGCACAGGCUGCUACACAUGCAAAUGGUCUCCGGCCCCAACAAGAUCAUCCUGACUAUGGAAGAUGUUACCUUCCUUCACCCACCAGGGGGCAGCUCUCGGAAGGUGGCCCAGGGCAGUAGAUCAAGUCUGGCUACCAGGAGCACAUCAGACAUUCGCAGUGUCCCCAGCCAGCCCCCAGAGAGCAGCAACAUUGGCCUCUAUGAGGGAGACUGGGUUUGGCUGAAGAAAUUUCCAGGGGAUCAUCAUAUGGCCAUCAGGCCAGCAACCAAGACAGCCUUCUCCAAGCUGCGGGAGCUCCGGCAUGAGAAUGUGGUUCUCUACCUGGGGCUGUUCCUGGCGGGGACAGCAGACAGCCCUGCCGCCCCUGGGGAGGGCAUUUUGGCUGUGGUCUCCGAGCACUGUGCUCGGGGCUCCCUCCAUGACCUCCUGGCCCAGAGAGACAUAAAGCUGGACUGGAUGUUCAAGUCUUCUCUCCUGCUGGACCUCAUCAAGGGAAUGAGGUAUCUGCACCACCGCGGUGUGGCCCACGGGAGGCUUAAGUCUCGGAACUGCGUGGUGGACGGGAGGUUCGUGCUCAAGGUGACAGAUCAUGGCCACGGGCGACUGCUGGAAGCGCAAAGGGUGUUACCGGAGCCUCCCAGUGCAGAGGAUCAGUUAUGGACAGCCCCAGAGCUGCUUCGGGACCCAGCCCUGGAGCGACGUGGAACCCUCGCUGGGGAUGUCUUUAGCCUGGGCAUCAUCAUGCAGGAGGUCGUGUGUCGCAGCCCUCCCUAUGCUAUGCUGGAGCUCACACCCGAGGAAGUGAUCCAGAGGGUACAGAGCCCUCCCCCACUGUGUCGGCCCCUGGUGUCAAUGGACCAGGCACCCAUGGAGUGCAUCCAGCUGAUGACGCAGUGCUGGGCAGAGCAGCCAGAACUUCGGCCUUCUAUGGACCACACCUUUGACCUGUUCAAGAGCAUCAACAAGGGCCGGAAGACGAACAUCAUCGACUCCAUGCUUCGGAUGCUGGAACAGUACUCCAGUAACCUGGAGGACCUGAUCCGAGAGCGCACAGAGGAGUUAGAACAGGAGAAGCAGAAGACAGACAGGCUGCUCACGCAGAUGCUGCCUCCAUCUGUGGCUGAGGCCCUGAAGAUGGGGACAUCUGUGGAGCCCGAGUACUUUGAAGAGGUGACGCUCUACUUCAGUGACAUCGUGGGCUUCACCACCAUUUCGGCCAUGAGUGAGCCCAUUGAGGUGGUGGACCUUCUCAAUGACCUCUAUACGCUCUUUGACGCCAUCAUUGGGGCCCACGAUGUCUACAAGGUGGAAACAAUCGGCGAUGCCUAUAUGGUGGCCUCCGGGCUGCCACAAAGGAAUGGGCAGCGGCAUGCCGCAGAGAUUGCCAACAUGUCACUGGACAUCCUCAGUGCGGUAGGCUCUUUCCGCAUGCGCCAUAUGCCUGAGGUACCAGUGCGCAUCCGCAUUGGCCUGCACUCAGGCCCGUGCGUGGCUGGUGUUGUGGGCCUCACCAUGCCUCGGUACUGCCUGUUUGGAGACACAGUCAACACGGCCUCACGAAUGGAGUCCACGGGGCUACCUUACCGCAUCCACGUGAACAUGAGCACUGUUCAGAUUCUUUGUGCUCUGGACCAGGGCUACCAGAUGGAGCGGCGGGGCCGCACAGAGCUGAAGGGCAAGGGUGCUGAGGACACGUACUGGCUUGUGGGUAGACAGGGUUUCAACAAGCCCAUCCCCAAACCACCGGAUCUGCAGCCAGGGGCCAGCAACCAUGGCAUCAGUCUGCAGGAGAUCCCCCCAGAGAGGCUCAGGAAGUUGCAGAAAGCCAGGCCGGGCCAGUUCACUGGGAAGUGAAGCUCCCUGGGAACAGGAUUAUUCUGCAAGGCCCUUUCUGAAGUUGCUGCUAUACCUGGGUCUGACAUCUGAGGCUUCCAUCCAGUUCUGCCUCCAAGGACUGAGCCAGGAGUCUGCUGCAGACCAGCAAUGUGACCUUGGGAAGAUCUGAAGUGCUGUUCAGUCUCCCCUGGGUGGUAGAAUGAGGGGGGCUAAGUGAUUUCCACCACGCUGUGGCCCUUACAGUGGCCUUUAG